CUUCCUCUCAUUGUUCCUAUAAAUCCCAACCUCCAUUCUUCCCUUCGUCUUCACAAUCCCCUUUCAUCAGGAAGAAGAAGAAGAAGUAAACAGAGAAAAUGAAGCUCCUUUAUCUACUCUCAGCCUUAUUAUUCCUCGCUGCUACAGCUUCCGCCAUUGACAUAGUCGAGAAGGAUUUGGAGACAGACGACAGCCUUUGGAGUCUCUACGAGCGUUGGAGAAGUCAUCACACAGUCUCAAGAGAUCUUGAUGAGAAGAAGAAGCGCUUCAAUGUGUUCAAGGAGAAUGCUCGCUAUAUCCAUGAAUUCAACAAGCGCAAGGACGCCACUUACAAGCUCAGCCUCAACAAGUUCGCAGAUUUAACCAACCAGGAAUUCCGCUCCACCUACGCGAGCUCCCGCAUAAACCACCACCGCGCACUCCGCGGCUCUCGACGCGGCGGCGACUUAUUUAUGUACGAGAGCCUGGAUAUUCACAGUCUCCCUGCCUCCGUCGACUGGCGGCAGAAGGGCGCCGUCGCGCCUGUUAAGGACCAAGGGCAAUGCGGGAGUUGCUGGGCGUUCUCGACGGUGGCGGCGGUGGAGGGUAUAAAUCAAAUAAAGACGAAGAAGUUGAUUCCAUUGUCGGAGCAAGAGCUGAUUGACUGUGACACUGAACAGAACAGCGGAUGCAAUGGAGGGCUAAUGGAUUACGCCUUCGAGUAUAUUCAAAAGAAUGGAGGAAUUACUUCGGAAGCCGCAUAUCCUUAUGCGGCUGAAGACGGCAGCUGCGCCGUAGAGAAGAGCGCUCAUGUGGUUUCCAUCGAUGGGCAUCAAGAUGUUCCUGCAAAUGACGAGAACUCUCUGCUGAAAGCAGUGGCGAAUCAGCCCGUCUCAAUCGCCAUUGAAGCAAGUGGCUUCGGCUUCCAAUUCUACUCCGAGGGAGUUUUCACCGGCAGGUGCGGCACAGAUUUGGAUCAUGGAGUCGCCAUCGUCGGGUACGGGAAAACACAGCAAGGAACCAAGUACUGGAUUGUGAGGAACUCAUGGGGAGCGGAUUGGGGAGAAGGAGGCUACAUAAGGAUGCAUCGCGGCAUCUCAGAUCGGAAGGGUUUGUGCGGCCUUGCAAUUGAGCCUUCUUAUCCGAUCAAAACUUCGCCGAAUCCUACCGACAAGCGCAGGGAUGAACUCUAAAUAUUUCAAAACAAUUAUGUAAUAAAGCUAUAAGUAAUUGCUUAUGUAAAUUGUGAUGAUUUUAUCUUUGUUGUCUUAUGCAUUUUAAUUUUCUUGAUGUAUAUCAAAUGUUUUAAUUAGCAAUCUACUUUGUAUCCAAAUGAACCUAUAAUCUUAUGAUUAUUACUUUUUAAGGUUUU